AGAAUAGCCCAUCAACAAUUACUCCUUAUUACUUUCCCUCCAAAAUUACCCAUUUCCAGUUGUUUUUUACACCUCACUAUUUUCUCUCUCCUCUGUCUCUCCUGUCUUCUUUGUCCUCUUCUUCAUUGCUCACUCAAGCUCUCAACUUCCUCAAUAAUGGCGUACUCCUAAACCUUAACCCAUUGAAACCCACUACCAAAACAAGCUCAAAUGAAUAAAUUCUCAGAUAAAAUGAACCAAUUUUACACUGUAUUAUUGCUUUUUUCUGUCUACCCAUCACUAAUUUCCCCUGUUUCAUCUGCUUCUUUACUCUCCAAUGGAAACCGUAGAGAUGCCCAGAAAUUGUUGAGCUUCAAAUCUUCUCUCCUCAACCGAGAAAUCCUUAAAAACUGGCAAAAGUCUACUGAUCCUUGCAAGUUUUCAGGUGUUUUUUGCAACAAUUCUAGGGUUACAUCCUUAGAUUUCACCUUUCUCUCUGUUUCAACUGAUUUUUCCUCUGUUUCAACCCACCUUUUCUCUAUUGACCUCCUAAAUUCUCUUUCUCUUUCAUCCUCCAACAUUUCUGGGUCACUUCAAACCUUCUCUUCCUGCUCUUCUUCUCUCACACAAAUUGACCUCUCCCACAACUCCAUUUCUGGGUCCUUUAUCGAUUUGUCGCGGUUUUCGACCUGUUCUUCGCUUUCGAGUUUAAAUAUCUCCUACAAUGCACUGGAUUCUUCGAAAGAUUUCAGGGGUGCUCAUUUUGGGCUUUCCCUGAAAACAUUGGAUGUUUCUGGGAAUCAAUUAUCAGGACAGCAAGUUCUUCCAUGGGUGUUAUCUCAAGGUUGUGAGAAUUUGAGUCGCUUAAUCAUAAAGGAGAACAAACUUGAGGGGAGUUUUUCUCUCUCUUUGUGUUCAAGUUUGGAGUAUAUUGAUCUUUCCUUCAAUAACUUUUCAACUCGAAUGCCUAAUCUUGGGGAAGAUUGCCUUAAUUUGAAGCAUCUUGAUUUAUCUUCCAACAAAUUUGUUGGAGAGAUUGAGAAUUCACUACUUGGGUGUAACAGCUUGAGUUUCUUGAAUGUGUCUAAUAAUCAGUUCAGUGGUGAAUUUCCCUCAUUGCCCUUGAACAGUAUGGAGUUUCUCUACUUGGACAGCAACAAUUUUCAAGGCUUGAUCCCUCAUAAUUUUGCUGAUGAUGCUUGCUCAACAUUGGUGGAGUUGGAUCUGUCAUUCAACAAUCUAUCUGGUAUGAUCCCUACCGGGUUCGAAUCUUGCUCCUUGUUAGAAAAUUUUGAUGUUUCUAGCAACAAUUUCACUGGGGAUUUGCCUGUUAGAAUGUUUCUUAAAAUGGGAAAUUUGAAGAAAUUAAAGCUGGCUUUUAAUCAUUUUGUGGGUGUUUUGCCUGAUUCUUUCUCCAUGCUUACUGCCUUAGAAUCCUUGGAUUUGAGCUCUAAUGAAAUUUCUGGGAAACUCCCAUCUGGGAUUUGUCAAAAUCCUCAAGGAAAACCUAGCAACUUGAAAGAACUCUCCCUUCAAAACAACUUGUUCAUGGGUCCUAUACCGCCUUCUAUAGGUAAUUGCUCUCAGCUUGUUUCACUUGAUCUUAGCUUCAAUUUCCUCACUGGGAGAAUCCCAACUAGCUUGGGUUCUCUCACCCAGCUUAAAGACUUGAUUAUGUGGAUGAACAAGCUUGAUGGUGAUAUCCCAUCUGAGCUUACAUACAACCGAGCACUCGAAAAUCUGAUUUUGGACUUCAAUGAGUUGACUGGUACCAUCCCUUCUGGACUGAUGAACUGUGCUAACUUGAACUGUAUCUCAUUGUCAAGCAACAAGUUGAGUGGAACAAUACCACCUUGGAUUGGUAACUUGAACAAUCUAGCCAUCCUCAAGCUUUCAAACAACUCAUUCUAUGGCGAAAUCCCACCUGAGUUAGGGAAUUGCAAGAGCUUGUUAUGGUUGGAUUUGAACAGCAAUUUGUUGAGUGGGAGUAUUCCUCCUGCCUUACCCAAACAGUCAGGGACAAUUGGACUUAAUGUUAAGAAGAAAUAUUGGUACUUGAGAAACUAUGGAGGAAAAGGGUGCCAUGGGACUGGGAAUUUGCUCGAGUUUGCUGGAAUAAGGCGCGAAGCUGUUAACAGAAUCCCUACCAUGUGCAAAUUCCAGCAAAUUUACCUUGGUCAUACUCAGCCAAAUUUUAAUUACAAUGGGUCCAUGAUUUUCCUAGACCUGUCUUAUAACAAUCUCCAAGGUGGUAUCCCCAAAGAGCUUGGCACAAUGUUCUUUCUCUGGAUAUUGAAUUUGGGUCAUAAUAACCUCUCUGGUCAAAUCCCUGAAGAUCUUGCAGAGAUGAAAAACAUUGGUGUUAUGGAUCUCUCUCACAACCAUCUUUCUGGCUCAAUCCCACCGUCUUUAGGCAGUCUUUCUUCCUUGACGGAUAUGGACUUAUCAUACAAUGAUCUCUCUGGUAUGAUUCCUGAAACAGCGCAGUUUGAAACUUUCCCGCCUUCUAGAUUCUCCAAUAACACGGGCCUCUGUGGGUAUCCCCUGCCAACUUGUAAUAGAAGCUCGAGUGGAACCUCAUCUCCUCAUCGAAAACAUGGGAGGAAGACUACCAUUGCUUGGAAUGUGGCAAUGGGACUGUUCUCAUCUCUAUUCUGCAUAUUUUGGUUGGUCAUAGUGGGGAUUCAGCUGAAGAGGAGGAGAAGAAAAAAGGAAACUGUGCAAGAUAUAUACAUGGAGAAUAACACAACUUCUGCUUGGAAAUUUACCAGUAAUCGUGAGGCAUUGAGCAUCAACCUUGCAACAUUUGAGAAGCCUCUUCAAAAGCUGACUUUUGCUGAUCUUUUAUCAGCCACAAAUGGGUUCCAUGAUGACAGUUUGAUAGGCAAAGGUGGGUUUGGGGAUGUCUACAAAGCUCAGCUCAAGGAUGGGAGUGUAGUUGCUAUCAAGAAACUGGUAUAUAUGUGUGGACAAGGAGACAGAGAGUUCACUGCUGAAAUGGAAACCAUUGGGAAGAUCAAACACCGAAACCUUGUGCCUCUUUUAGGAUACUGCAAAGUAAGGGAAGAACGGUUGUUGGUCUAUGAAUACAUGAAGUAUGGAUCCCUCGCAGAUGUCCUGCACGAUCCAAAGAAGGCCAAGAUAAAGCUAAAUUGGAGUGCGAGGAAAAAGAUUGCGAUUGGUGCAGCUCGGGGGUUAGUUUUCCUUCAUCAUAAUUGCAUCCCACACAUAAUUCACCGCGAUAUGAAAUCUAGCAAUGUUUUGGUUGAUGAAAACUUAGAAGCAAGGGUGUCUGAUUUUGGGAUGGCUAGACUUAUGAGUGCAGUGGAUACUCAUUUGAGUGUAAGUACAUUGGCUGGUACCCCGGGAUACGUUCCACCAGAGUAUUACCAAAGUUUUAGAUGUUCAAACAAGGGAGAUGUGUAUAGUUAUGGUGUGGUGUUGCUUGAGUUGCUAACAGGGAGACAACCAACAGACUCAGUAGAUUUUGGUGAUAAUAAUAAUCUUGUGAGUUGGGUGAAGAUGCAUACAAAAUUGAGAAUAAGUGAUGUGUUUGAUCCUGAACUGCUAAAGGAAGAUCCAAAUUUGGAAAUAGAACUGUUGCAGCAUCUGAAACUUGCAUGUGCUUGCUUGUAUGAUCAGCCAUCAAAACGGCCUACCAUGAUCGAAGUCAUGACGAUGUUCAAGCAAAUACAAGCUGCUGACACAAAAUCCAUCAAUACUGCAGAAGAUGUAAGUUUUACUGCUACAGGCGGAAAUGGAAGUAUCAACACCCCAGUAGAUGUGCAAGAGAUGAGCAUAAUAGAAGUGCCUGAAGAUAUUGACAAGCAUUAGCAUUUUUCCCCCUGAAAUAUUCUUUGCAAACUCGCCCAAGGAUCCGAAAAACAAGGAAGAUGAAGGUAGUGUUGAAGCUCCACAAAAUUUUUCCUAUACAUAAUAAACUGUAUUUAUCAUGGUUGGUAACUUUUUAUUUCUCAUUUUUAUACGUAGGUGGCCAUAUUUUUUUUUUUUCAGUUCUUCUUUUCUACUUGAUAUUUUCCGUUUUUCGGAGGUCAGUUUGUAGUUUGUACAUAAUGAACUAGAGGUGCUAGUAUUUUUUUUUUCUGUGAGAGGGUUGCACCAGUAUGAGGUACAAUCGUUAUUGUUGCACCAAUAUGAGGUACAAUCCUUAAUCUUUGACCGUCUA